UUCCGUUGUGGAGAUCCUUACCUGAUCAGUUUCGGACUUAACGGCUGGGAGAGUCAUCAUCAAAGUAACGACAUGACGUAUUCGACCCGAUAUUUAUAUAAACACACAGAAGAUUCUCAUCUAACAACAAUUCUGUCAAGAAACAUCUCAGCAUUAUAAAAUGACUCCCUCAGGUCUUGCAAUCAUCAUUGGAGCCGGUCCAACAAGCGGUCGCGGCAUCGCUCGUGUUCUCGCCCGUCAAGAUGGCGGCAACCUUGCUGUUGCUCUCUUGGCCCGCAAUGCCGACAACCUCAACAGUCUACGCGACUCACUCCGCAAAGAAACGGAUGGUGUUCUUCACUCUUUCCCUACAGACACUCAGCCGGAGAACCUACGCAAAGCGUUCAAAGACAUCGCCAACCAUGCCGACUUCAAGGAUCUCAAGCUAAAGCUUGCGAUUUAUCAUGUCAAACAUGCCAGCAAAAAGCCUUUCCUUGAGGAAACUCCCGAAGAGUUCAGCAAAAGUAUGCAGGUAUACACAACUGGCGCAGUGGUCUUCGCCCAAGAAGCUCUCAAGCUCAUGUACGAGCAAAAUGGCGGCCAGACCCUCCUUGCCGAUACAAGCGGCGCCAAGAAAGGCACCAUUAUCUUCACGGGUACCCUGGGAGCCAUGCGUACGAACACUGGCUACGCCGCUUAUGGAGCCACUCGCGCAUCAGCUAGGAUGGUCGCACAGGCUAUUGCGAAAGAGCAUAGCAAGUUUGGCGUUCAGUGCGUGCAUGCUAUCGCGAAUGGACGGAUCACCGAUGAGGAUACUGAAGAGACCAGGACGGGUAAGCAUAUGAGGGCUGAGGAUGUGGGACAGACUUAUUUGUGGCUUUCACAGCAGCCGAGUUCGCUUUGGGUUCAUGAGUUGGACUUGAGGCCGGCGCAGGAGUCGUUUUAGAAUGCUGAUGACAUUGACGUAUGUAGAAGUGAUGAUGAAUUCAGUAUACAUAUUCAAACGUGA